CAGGCUGUUGUUGUAGGACUUUCCUCUCCGCGCCUCUGUAGCGCUCUGCUCCGCACUGUACCGCUCUGUACCGCUCUGUGCAGUCAUGUCCAGCAGCGGACCCAGCAGCAGCCUGGUUAUGGCGCAGAAAGCGGUCAAGCAGCUGCGGUUCGAGGCCAGUGUCCACCGGAUAAAGGUGUCCCAGGCUGCUGCAGAGCUCAAGACCUUCUGUUUGCAGAACGCCCACAAAGACCCCCUCCUCACUGGGGUGCCCUCCAGUGACAACCCCUUCAGACCCCCCAAGUCAUGUGUGCUGCUCUGAGCCCAGGCUGGCUGACACCUGACUGCCCACUUCAAUAAUAUCGCAUAUCACAUGAAGAUUAUGAAGAACAGACAAGCGACGGAGUGUAUGUACCACACCAAUGAGGAAUGUGCAUUUAAUAUGAGUGUAGUCUAGUAUUGUUCAAAUGUUCAGUGUUGAAAGCACUAAAUCUGCCAUUAAAGCCAACAAUUGUAUCUAAGUUUCAGUUGACAUCAAGGGCUACAACAACAAAUGAUGAACAAUACAUUUUGGAGUUAAUAAAAUGCUGAGAGAAGAGUUUUUCUGCCAUUACAAAUCAAAUAAGUGGAGAGGUAAUAUAUGGGUUGGUCUAGUAAAAAAAACCCAUUUCAUUCAGGGGUGUCAAACUAUGUGGUUAGACCAAUUUUUGUUGGCCCCCAUACCUCCUAAAUUGAUCCAAAUAAUCAUAGAUCAUGGAUUAAAAAUGCAUUGAUUCUAUUACCAUAACCUCAGUAACAUCACAUUGCAUUAGGGUUGUCAAAAGUAUCGGAAAUCAGAUACUAAUCGAUAUUAAAAGUAGUAUCGAAACUAGAUACUCAUUUGAGCAUGUAUCGAUACUAAAAUCAGUAUUGAGCAUUGAAUCUAUUCCUUAGUAUCAAAAUUGACUUUGAAAUUUUAAUAUCAUGACAACUGCCAACACUACAUUGCAUUGUGAUUCAGACCUAAAAAUAAUGUUAGCUUUAUUAUGAUACAGUGGCCCAGUCAUUUCAAUGUAAAAUGCAUCUAUGUAUCGAAAAUCAGAUACUAAUCUAUACUAAUCGAUAUUUAAAAUAGUAUCGAAACUAGACUUAUUGUAUUGACCAUUGGUGGCUUCAAAUAUGGUGGCAUUGGUGGCUUCAAAUAUGUUUCAAUAUGUGGCUCUCUGGGCAUAAACUUGAGAGAACCCUUUAUAAACCUACAUCAAUCAUUAAUUCAUCACUUAAUUGUUGAAAUAAUCUAAAAAACUAAAAAAUCUGACAAAAAAAUAUAUAUAUAUUGUGGAAAAGUGGAAUAAUUAAUUGCCUUAUAACUCAAAGGUCAGCAGUUCCACCCCAGCCCUGGCCUAUGCAUACUGCCCCUGUGUUCUUGGGCAAGACACACAAUGUAAUAAAGUAGUGCGUGCUGCAAUGUAAUGUAAAGCGUCUUCGUAAACAAAAAACAGAAGGUGCUGUGUAAAUUGAAUGCAUAAAUUGAAUGAUUUCAUCUGUAGAAUUUAAAUAUGUGAUUAUCAUUGACUUCUGCCUUCGAUUUGGGAUUAUAUUUGAAAUACAGCCUCUUAUUUUUAUUUUUAUAACAUUUUCAAAUUUUGUACAUUUCAUAGCAUCUAGCAGCAUACUUUUACUCCUACUUGAGUAAUAUUUUUUAUUAAAGUAACAGUACUCUCAGUACUUGAGUAAAACGUUUGGUUACUCUUCCCACUAAGAGUGAGUCUACAAGUGAUAAAAGCUUUAUGUUGAGAAAGCACAGCCUACACCCCUAUGUCACCCAUGCCCACAUGUGAUUAUUCUCCAUAAAUGUCCAAAAACUUGAUACAAAACCUUACAACUUUACCCUAUAACUUGACAAGCCUGAUGAGAUGUGCAGUAGUUUCAUUAGUGGAAUGCAGCUGAUUGUGUUGUGAUAGUGCUCUGAAGGGGGAGUGACUUAAUGCUGAGAGCAAAAAGAGGGGGGGACUUGGGGCUCAAAAACAAAACCAACUUAUAAAACAUGUUAAUACAUUGUUUUCAGCAAAUACAUCAUUUUCAAAACAGUAAAAGGUAACAUGGAGUGCCCUGUGCUGAAACUCAAACAUUCAGUUGACACCAGCAGUGUUUCUAUGCAAUAUUUGUGCUUCUAAAUAUUUGCUCUUGUUCAUUACAUUUUGUUCACAUUGUUAAAGUGUUACACCAAAUAUUCAUCUAUCAUUUUAUUUAUUUGUUGAUAUUAUUACAAAUGUUUAUUUCUGUUUUUAUUUGCAUGUAGCCUACACAUUGUCACUGUUAUUUUAUUUGGAUUUAUUAAACAAAUAACACAACUUUUCUGAACUGUUGGCAUCACCUUCCACUGCCUUAUGAUAUAAUGCCACCUAGCUGCACUACAAUGCAAUUACAAAAUGG